GCGGAUGAGCAGCACACGGGCAGCGUCUUCAAGUCCGGAGAAUUGGAAGCUCAGCUGCUGCAAGCCAACCCUAUUCUUGAAGCCUUCGGUAAUGCCAAGACAGUCAAGAAUGACAACUCUUCAAGAUUUGGUAAAUUCAUCCGUAUCAACUUUGACAACUCGGGAUACAUCGCUGGUGCAAACAUUGAGACGUACCUGCUGGAGAAGUCGAGAGCCAUCCGCCAGACCAGCGAUGAACGCACAUUCCACAUCUUCUACCAGCUGCUUUCUGGAGCCACUAGCCAGCAGAAGAAGGACUUCAUCCUGGAGGACCCCAAGCACUACAACUUCCUGACCUGCGGCAAGAUGCAGUUGCCAGGCAUCGAUGAGGUAGCUGAGUUCCAGGCCACUGUCAAAGCCAUGCAGAUUAUGGGCAUGAACAAUGAUGAUAUCCAGUCUGUGUUCCGCACUGUGUCUGCUGUGCUGAUGUUCGGCAACAUGCAAUUCAAGCAAGAGCGCAACUCUGACCAGGCCACUCUUCCUGACAACACUGUGGCACAACAGGUGGCUCAUCUGCUGGGUCUGAAUGUGACAGACUUGGUGCGUGGGUUCCUAAAGCCUCGCAUCAAGGUGGGCCGCGAGACUGUCACCAAGGCCCAGAACAGGGAACAGUGUGAGUUUGCUGUGGAGGCCAUUGCCAAGGCCCUGUAUGAGCGCCUGUUCAAGUGGAUCGUGAUGCGCAUCAACAGGUCACUUGAUCGCACCAAACGCCAGGGAGCUUCCUUCAUUGGCAUCCUGGAUAUUGCAGGAUUUGAGAUCUUCGCCAUGAACAGCUUUGAGCAGCUUUGCAUCAACUACACGAACGAGAAGCUGCAGCAGCUGUUCAACCACACGAUGUUCAUCUUGGAGCAGGAAGAGUACCAGAGGGAAGGCAUUGAGUGGAAGUUCAUUGACUUCGGUCUUGACUUGCAGCCCACUAUUGACCUCAUUGAGAAGCCCAUGGGUAUCCUUGCCCUGCUGGAUGAAGAGUGCUGGUUCCCCAAGGCCACAGACAAGAGUUUCAUCGACAAGCUCAACAACUCACACUCAGUUCACCCCAAAUUCUGCAAGUCUGAGUUCCGUGACAAGGCUGACUUCGCCAUUGUGCAUUAUGCAGGGAAGGUAGACUACUCUGGCCAUCAGUGGCUCAUGAAGAACAUGGACCCUCUGAAUGAGAAUAUCGUCUCACUCCUGCAGUGCUCUCAGGACCCCUUCAUGGUGCAGAUCUGGAAGGACGCUGAAAUUGUGGGCAUGGCACAGCAGGCAAUGGGAGACAGUCAGUUUGGUGCUCGUACCAGGAAGGGUAUGUUCCGCACAGUCAGCCAGCUCUACAAGGAACAACUGACCAAGCUCAUGGUCACCCUGCGCAACACCAAUCCCAACUUCGUGCGUUGCAUCAUCCCCAACCAUGACAAGCGUGCAGGCAAAAUUGAUGCUGGUCUUGUGCUUGAUCAACUCAGGUGCAAUGGUGUGUUGGAAGGUAUCAGAAUCUGUCGCCAGGGCUUCCCCAACCGUAUUCCCUUCCAGGAGUUCCGUCAGCGUUAUGAGCUGCUCACUCCGAACAUCAUCCCCAAGGGCUUCAUGGAUGGCAAGAAGGCCUGCGAGAUGAUGAUCCAGGCUCUGGAGCUUGAGCCAAAUCUCUAUCGUAUUGGUCAGAGCAAGAUCUUCCUGAGAGCUGGUGUGCUGGCUUCCCUGGAAGAGGAGAGGGAUAUCAAGAUGACAGACCUGAUUGUGCAGUUCCAGGCUUACUGCAGAGGUAUGUUGGCUCGCAAGAACUACCAGAAGAGACUCCAGCAGCUCAAUGCCAUCAGGAUCAUCCAGCGCAACUGUGCAGCGUACCUCAAGCUGCGCAACUGGCAGUGGUGGAGGCUGUACACUAAGGUGAAGCCUCUCCUCCAGGUGACCAAACAAGAAGAAAAGCUGGUACAGAAGGAAGAAGAGCUCCGCACCAUCCAGUCUGUGCUGGAGGGCCAGAAGAAGACCAACAAGGAGAUCGAGAUGAAGUUCCAGCAAGCCAUGCAGGAGAAGAAUGUCCUGGCUGAACAACUUCAGGCAGAAACUGAGCUGUGUGCAGAAGCAGAGGAAAUGAGAGCAAGACUGUUGGCCCGCAAGCAGGAACUGGAAGACAUCCUCCAUGACAUGGAAACUCGCCUUGAAGAGGAGGAAGAGCGAACAGGAAACCUCACUUCAGAAAAGAAGAAGCUCCAGCUGCAGAUCCAGGACUUGGAAGAACAACUUGAGGAGGAAGAAGCUGCACGCCAAAAGCUCCAACUGGAGAAGGUGCAAGCGGACGGCAAGAUCAAAAAGCUGGAGGAGGAUUAUGCUCUCUUGGAAGACAUGAACCAGAAGAUGACUAAGGAAAAGAAGAUGCUGGAGGAGAGGUCAAUGGAUGUUACCAGCACACUAGCAGAAGAAGAGGAGAAGUCCAAACACCUGAUGAAACUCAAGGCCAAACAUGAGUCCAUGCUUACAGAGCUCGAAGACAGAAUCAAGAAGGAACAGCAAAGCAGGUCAGAACUGGAACGUGCUAAGAGACGCUGUGAGACAGACCUGAAUGACCUCAAGGAACAGCUCAAUGAGAAGAAGAAUCAGAUUCACGAAGUACAAAUCCACCUUGCCAAACGCGAAGAGGAGCUUGCCCAAGCAAUGAUGCGUGUAGAUGAGGAAGCUGCUGCCAAAUCACAGCUACAAAAAAGCAUGAGGGAGGUAGAAUCCCAAUUGAAUGAGCUUCAGGAGGACCUUGAGGCUGAGAGGAACCUCAGGGCCAAGGCAGAGAAGCAGAAGAGGGACCUGAAUGAGGAGCUGGAGGCCCUGAAGAAUGAACUUCUGGACUCCUUGGACACCACUGCAGCACAACAAGAGCUGCGCACCAAGAGGGAGGAGGAGCUUGCCAGUCUCAAGAAGAGCCUCGAGGAUGACCAGACCAUUCAUGAGCAGCAGAUUGCAGAGCUGCGCCAGAAACAGAGUCAUGCCCUUGAAAAUCUGAACCAGGAGAUUGACCAGCUCAAGAAGAGCAAGAUGACAGUUGACAAGGUCAAGAGUCAACUGGAGGCUGAAAAUGCUGAUUUGGCCAAUGACCUCAAGAGCACCAUACUGAGUAAACAAGAAAGUGAAAAGAAGAGAAAGCAGUGUGAAUCCAUGAUCUCUGACUUACAGCAGAAGAUUGCAGAGUCUGACAGAACCAAAUCUGACAUGCAGGAACGUCUUGGCAAAUUGGAACAGGAACUGAAUGCUGCCAACAUGGCCAUGGAAGAAGCAGACUCCAAAGCCAUGUCAGCCAACAAUCAACUCAAGAGCCUGGAGGCCCACUUGCAGGAGACUCAGGGCUUGCUGGAGGAGGAGACACGCCAAAAGCUAAACCUCAACUCCCGCUUGAGAGCCUUGGAGCAGGAGAAGGACCAGCUGCAGGAAGCCCUGGAGGAGGAGGAGGGAUCCAAGCGCAAUCUGGAAAAGCAGGUCGCCACCCUCCAGGUCCAACUCAGCGAGGCUAAGAAGAAGGCUGAGGAGGAGUCUAACAAUUCCCAACAGCUGGAGGACACCCGCAAGAGGCAGAUGAAGGAGCUGGAGGAACUGCGUGCUCGCCUGGCUGAACUGGAAGCCACCAAUGAGAAACUAGAGAAGAGCAAGAGGAAGUUGCAAGCCGAGCUGGAAGAUGCCCAGGUGGACAUCGAUACCAACAGGGCUAAGGUCGUGGAGCUGGAGAAGAAGCAGCGCAACUUCGACAAGAUGCUCAAUGAAGAGAAGAGCAACUUUGAACUGUGCCAGCAGGAGAAGGAGAAUGCCGAACGUGAGGCCAGGGAGAAGGAGACCAAGAUUCUUUCUCUUAAUAGGACACUAGAAGAAUACAUGGACCGCAUUGAGGAACUGGAGACAGGCAAGAAGCGACUACAGAUUGAGCUGGAUGACCUUAUCUCAACCCGAGGAACAGCUGACAAGAAUGUCCAUGAACUGGAGAAGGCAAAGCGUGCUCUGGAGUCCCAGUUGGCUGAACAGAAGACCCAGAUUGAAGAACUUGAGGACGAACUCCAGUUGACUGAAGAUGCCAAGCUUCGCCUUGAAGUCAACAUGCAGGCAAUGAAGGCACAGUUUGAACGUGAUCUCAAUGCACGUGAAGAGCAGGGAGAAGAGAAGCGCCGUGGCCUGCUCAAACAGCUGCGAGAACUAGAGGCUGAGCUUGAGGAGGAACGCAAACAGCGUACUGCAGCCGUCACUGCACGUAAGAAGCUUGAGGGAGACCUCAAGGACAUGGAAGGACAGUUGGAGAUGAAUGGCAAGGUGAAGGACGAUGCCCUCAAACAGCUCAAGCGUGCUGGAGCACAACUGAAGGAAUACCAGAGAGAGGCAGAAGAGAGCCGAGCAUCGCGUGAGGAAAUGUCAGCACAGUACAAGGACCUGGAAAGGAAGAUCAAGAUUAUGGAAACUGAGCUCCUGCAGUAUCAGGAAGACCUCAGUGCGGCAGAGAGAGCACGCAAGAAUGCAGAGAGUGAACGAGAUGAACUCCAGGAAGAGCUCAACCAGUACACAUCCAAGGCCACCCUCAGUGCGGAUGAGAAGAAGAGGUUAGAGGCAAGAAUUUCAUCACUGGAGGAAGAAUUAGAGGAAGAACAAAGCAAUGUCGAGGUUCUCAUGGACAAGAUGCGCAAGAACCAGCUCGCUAUGGAACAGCUACAGACAGACUACAACACAGAGAAGUCAUCUGUAGUGAAAUUGGAAGGACAGCGGUCAAUGUUGGAACGACAGAACAAGGAGCUCAAGGCCAAGCUUGCCGAGAUGGAGGCUGAAGUGCGAUCCAAGACCAAGGCCACCAUUGCAGCCCUUGAAUCAAAGGUCAGCAACCUGGAGGAGCAGCUGGAGGUUGAGGCACGAGACCGUCUGGCACAGGCAAAGGCCAACCGCAAAUUGGAGAAGAAGCUGAAGGAGCUUGUCAUGCAGGUGGAGGAUGAACGAAGACAUGCAGACCAGUACAAGGAGCAACUGGAUAAGUCAAAUGCCCGAGUCAAGCAAUUGAAGCGCAGUGUAGAGGAGACAGAAGACGAGCUUUCCAAAGAAAAGAUGCAGCGUCGCAAGGCCCAGCGUGAAGUUGAAGACAUGAUGGAGUCCCAGGAGGCUCAGAACAGAGAGAUCUCCUCCCUGAAGACGAAACUCAGCCAAGCCGAAGCUGAAAAGAUCUUAAAUCAAAUCACAAAGAGAACAAAUCGAGGUCUGUGCAAGCUCAUGAAGAACGCAUCCACAUCAAACGUGAUUGAUCUCACACAAGAUUUCAGUAGCAGUGAAGAUGAGAAGCGUGGCGGUGCUGGGAUCAGUUCCCGCCUUGACUUCCUCGGAAUGAAGCGCGGGUCGAUCGCAGCUGCCAGUGAUGACUCACAGAAUGCGGACGACUCAGUGGACGGGGAGGAAGAAGCCACCAAGUGAGCAGUCGGUCCAGCUGGGCAGAAAGUGGCUGCCCCAGGACACACCUCUGUGUAUUGAUCACCCCAGAGAUUGGAAAGGGACUCAAAGGACACUCAUGAAAAGGGGUUGAAAGGAUAUUAACUUGAUCCAAGAUAGUGAUUUAUAAAAUUUCAAGAGUGAAUGUGAUUUUUUAAAUUAGUAAAAAAAAAAGAAAGAAAUUCAGAAGGUGAUGUGUUACGAAUACGCUUCAUUGUAAGUUAAUGUCUGAAAUGUCAAAAUUGAAAUAGCAGCAUUGUCCUCUGAGCUGCAUUUAUCAACAAAAAUUGCAUACACAGCAGUUUCAUUAUAGUAUGGAUGGUAAACUUUCCUUUGGUUUUCUCAAUGGAAAUAUUUAUAUAUUAAUAACACAAUUUUCAUCUUUCCUGAAAGGAGAAAAUAAAAUAAAAAUUGUAAUGCAAAAUUAGGAAAAUUUGAUUAUUAGAUUAUGUAAAAAUUUCUCCUAAGGUGUGUCUCUAUGUUGAACUAGUUGCCAUAUUAUAGCCUUGCACCAUGAGUGAACUGACAAAUUGUAUUCAACAUUCCAGGAAAAUAGGGCUUAUCAACGUUGGCAUAUUUGUACUUAAUAGUAAGGAGGGAAGAUUAAUUGGAUAGGAUCUAUGGUUACAAAAAUGAACAAUAAUAAAAGCACAAAGUUGCCUCUCCUAAUCCCCAACAAUUUUCUACCCAUAUAAGGAAGCUGGUACAUCAGAUACCAUAAGAUAGCAUGAGGUAGGGAUUAGUUGUUGGGGAUGAGGACCUGGCUGAUAACCUUAGGUGAAUUGGUGUGGAAGGGAACAGCACAGUGGUUGCCAAGCAACACAGGGCUGUCCCACUUGAUAGAGGUUGGAUAUACAAGUACACUCGUGGCUGAAGGGUUGGUGUGCACGGCCAGGUAUGUCUUUUCCUCAUGCCUGUGAGAGAGACGCACACCGACCCUACCACCUGGUGAUGCCAGCAGUGCGAAAGGAGCUCAGUGGCUCAGGCAAUAUUUGCCAAUGGACAUCAAAUGAUAUGAAGUGUGCCUCGGCACACAACUUUUUUUACUGUCAUAAUAGAUUUUCCUAACUUUGUAUCAAACUAACCGUGAAUGCUUCCAAUCUGCUACAUUUGUAUAGAUUAAAUAAUAAUGGAUGAACUAACAUAUUACCAUUAGUUAAGAGCUGCCUAUAUGAUUAUUAUUAUUGUUAUGUAAUAUCAGUGAGUAUCUUGUAUAGUCGCCCGGCCAAUUAGCAAUGCAGUCUUUCUUAUCCAUCCUGUACUCAUUUAUUGCUAUUUUAUUUAGAACUCAUUAACUCUCCUAGUAUUUCUUUCUCCUUUUUAUAACUGAUGUUUUUGUUGCUUUUUUAUUUAACUUUCUUUCUAUUUAGUUGUAUUUACUGGUUGUAAUCUUAGGCUUAUUAUUUAUCUUGAACCUUCCAAGUGACCUUAAAAAAAGCUUAAAAAAAGAAAAAAUGAAAAAAGAUUUUGACUCAUUGCUCAUCAUCAAGUCCCAAUCUCUCACUUCUUAUUGUAAAUCAUUCCCAGUUCUGUAGGAAGAGUAUAUGCCUUAUAGAUGUAGAACAAAGCUAGGGGGAGUAAUGAAUAACUAAUUAUAAACUGAAGUAGCCGUAGAGGGUAAAUACGGAAAUGAUAUACACUUGUACAGGGUGGCCAUAAGAAAUGUUUCCCCUUUUUUUUUUCUUUUCUUUUUUUUCCAAGUAGCAGUAAUGUCUUUUUGAAAUUGUGAUUUAAAAGUAUGAAAGCUUCUAUAAGGUGCUUUGUUUUUGAUAUUGCUAAUGCAUUUGUUAAUUUGAACUUUUUUGAUCAGGUAUCGUAUGAACUAGGAAGAAUUUCAGUCGAGCCAAUUUUUCUAUAUAAAUAAAAGAGCAGGGUACACUAGCUUACCAGUGAAGUUCAGGCCAGAGAAGUUCCAUGGAGACUCGUCAGUUUGGAAGCACAAGUAUAUUCAUGAUUGAGGACGAUGUAUCUCGAGUCUGGAAGUUGUUUAAUUUUUCUGGCUUUUUAUUUUAUGGUUUUCAGUUGUUAGUCUUGUAAUUUUUCAUGUCAACGACAGACUCAAGCAGUCUUUACCAAUUUUCUAUUAUAUGAGAAAUGCCAUUAAUAAAUCUCUCAUUCCAAAAGAAGUGGAGGAAUUGGAUACUGCUAAGAAGAAAUUGUUUUCAUUUUUUUCAUAAUUGUGUAAUCACUUCGGCAUACCGUAAUGUCUGGGCCUUCUCACAUGUGGGGACAUGUACCGUCCAAACACGCAGGAAAAGCCAUAUGCGUGAAGCCCUGCAGUGCCACAGGGCCAUGGCUGGAGUGAUGCUGGUUGUUGUUCCUAUUCAGGGGGAAAAUGUGCCAAGUGCAUUAUUAGUUAAGAGUUGAUCGAUUUACAGGUGAUGAACAACUAACAAAUAUAUAUAUAAACACACGUACACAAAGACAGAACACAUCCGUGGGUCUCCUGUCCCUGAUCUUGUAUUUCUUUUUAGGGUUUUCAAGUAGGAGGAGGUUUCCUUGCUCAUGUUCACAUUACGGAUUAUGUCAGGAUGUGUUGCACAAUUUGUAUUUUAUAAAGUUACUCUUCUGUGUAUACUUGGGAUGUGCUCCAGCUGACUUGCAAUAAAUGGCCUUGACAAA